AUGGGCCCACCUGUCUCCAUCGGGAAUAAUAACACUCCCGGCCCAUCUGUCAUAGUCGAGAAUAUUUCUACCUUCAGCCCAUGGUCCGCUGGCCCGUAUCAUACGGGAUAUUAUGCACGCAUCAAAGAGUACCUUGGAAAAGUUCGUCACCUCACAAUCACCUUCGAUGGUGGCAAGAUACGUCGCCCAAACUCACUCUACACAAUCCAUAUCACGGUUCCUGGUGGUCGGACCUUCUGCAUGGAGCUCAAUGAUGGGGCUCGUAAAAAGCACACUGGGGAAUAUAUUCUGGAUGCACUUGAUUGA